UUUGGCGUUUGUGCGUCCUCGGCAACAUGGCGGAUCGGCUCACGCAGCUGCAGGACGCCGUGAACUCGCUUGCAGAUCAGUUCUGUAAUGCCAUUGGCGUCUUACAGCAGUGUGGUCCUCCCGCCUCCUUCAGUAACAUCCAGACAGCCAUCAACAAAGACCAGCCAGCCAAUCCCACGGAAGAGUAUGCACAACUUUUUGCAGCACUGAUUGCACGAACAGCAAAAGAUAUUGAUGUUUUGAUAGAUUCCUUACCCAGUGAAGAGUCAACAGCUGCUUUACAGGCUGCUAGCUUAUAUAAGCUGGAAGAAGAAAAUCACGAAGCUGCUACCUGUCUGGAGGACAUUGUUUACCGAGGAGACAUGCUUCUGGAAAAGAUCCAGAGCGCGCUUGCUGACAUUGCGCAGUCACAGCUGAAGACCCGGAGCGUUACCCGCAGCCAGUCUAUGCCCGACUCAUAGCAUCGCGGACACGUGACUGAGAAAAGACUGUUGAAUGCCGCAUCAGACUAGGACGUGGCCCUGCCAGCAGCUACAACCUAUGCUGCGACGUCGACCUUCUCAACUGGUUCUCACUGUCUUCUGUUUCCACGGGAUAAGUCAAAAGCUUCAACGUUACUAUUGCCCUGGAGUCAUCUUCAAAUAUCGUUACGUCAUUUUUUAUCUAACUUAAUUUUCAAGGUAGAUACUGUACUAACGAUCACAAUAUAAUUAAACAGACAAACAUACAAUAAAGCUCUUGGA